UUGAGAGGAAAGUUUCCCCACCUGUGGUCCCCGAGUCGGCUUCGCCCCGAGGAUGAGUGCCCCGGGCGUGCUGUCCUUCACCCAGCAGGGCUGGGAGCAGGUGCUGGCCAAGGUGAAACGGGCCGUGGUCUACCUGGACGCCGCCUGCGCCGAGAGCCUGCAUUGGGGCUGCGGCCCCUCGCGGCUGCUGGACGCCGUGGGCGCUCCCGCGUGCCACCUGCGGGAGUUCGGGAGCCACGCGGCCGGCGGCGGCGUCCAGCAGCCCAAGGCGGUGUUCGUGCUGAGCUGCCUGCUCAAGGGCCGGACCGUGGAGACGCUGCGAGACAUCGUGCGCCGCAGCCACUUCCAGUACUGUGUGGUGGUCACGGCCGUGAGCCACGCCGUCCACCUCACGGCCAACCACGUGCCGGCCGCGGCGGCCGCCGAGCUGGAAGGGCAACAGCCCGUGUUCGAGCAGUUGGAGGAGAAGCUGUGCGAGUGGAUGGGCAGCAUGAACUACACGGCCGAGGUGCUGCACGCGCCGCUGCUGCUGGCCCCUGUCGCGGCGCACCUGGCCUGCACGCCGGCCUUCGCGUCUCUGUUCCCGCUGCUGCCGCGGGACGUGCGUCUCCUCCACGGUGGCCGAGCGGACAAGAGGAGGCUGGGCAGCCUGGCCGAGCUGGACGCCACCGCCCUGCCGGCCGAGCUGCAGCUGCAGAUCAGGUGCCUGGUGUCCGGCCUCAGCUCGCUGUGUGAGCACCUGGGAGUCCGCGAGGAGUGCUUUGCCGUGGGCAGCAUCAGCCGAAUCAUUGCUGCCGAUCUGGCCAAUUUUGUCCCUGCCAAGAACAGGAGGAAGACUGCCCCGGGCAGGGCGUCCGUGGUCUUUGUGGACAGAACGCUGGAUCUCACAGGUGCUGUGGGACAUCAUGGUGACAACCUGGUGGAGAAGAUCAUCUCUGUGCUUCCCCAGCUCCCUGGCCACACGAAUGAUGUGAUGGUUGACAUGGUGGAGCUCACGUCGCUGCACGCAGCAGGAGAUGGUCAGAACGUGGUUGCGCCAGGCUGCCUUGCACAAGCCGAUGACGCCGCUGCCAGAACCCUGUGGGACACCUUACUGAACACCAGGCACAAAGAGGCAGUGAUGGAAGUGCGGAGACAUCUAGUGGAAGCAGCCAGCAGAGAAAACCUGCCAAUCAAGAUGAGCAUGGGGCGAGUUACUGCUGCGCAGCUCACCGCCUACAUCCAGCUCUUCAAGAACAACAUGCAGGCCAUGAGCAAGCACUGCGGGCUCCUCCAGCUGGGGCUGGCCACGGCACAGACCCUGUCACACCCACACACUGCCAAGUGGGACAAUUUCCUGGCCUUUGAGCGGCUCCUUCUCCAGAGCCUUGGGGAGUCGGCGCCGGCUGCCGUGCUGGACCAGCUGCUGCCCCUGGUGAAGCCAGCCUCCCAGCGGAGCCACGAUGACUACGGCCCCGAGGAGCUGCUCGUCCUCUUCACCUACGUCUACUCCGUCACGGGAGAGCAGGCCGCCGACGGGGCCCUGGAGGAGGCCGAGGAGCGGGUGAAGAAAGCUCUGGCCCAGGCCUUGUGUGAGGAGCCCGAGCUGUCCCCUUUGCUGCAGAAGAUCACAGGCUGCGACUCCCCAGUUAACCUGACACCCCACAAGUCCAAGGCGGCCGUGGACGAGCUCUUCGCCACACUGCGGGACGUGGCCGGGGCACGGCGUCUCAUGAAGCAGUUCAAGUCUGUCCAUGUCCCUGGAAGUCACGCCCAUCAGGCAUCCUACCGGCCGCUGCUGAAGCAGGUGGUGGAGGAGAUCUUCCAUCCCGAGAAGCCGGAUCCCACGGACAUUGAGCACGUGUCAUCGGGCCUCACCGACCUCCUGAAAACGGGGUUCAGCAUGUUCAUGAAGGUGAGCCGGCCACACCCCAACGACCACCCCCUCCUGAUCCUCUUCGUGGUGGGCGGCGUCACAGUCUCCGAGGCCAAAAUGGUCAAAGAUCUGGUGGCGUCCCUGAAGCCCGGACACCAGGUGAUCGUGCUGUCCACUCGGCUCCUGAAGCCUCUGAGCAUUCCUGAGUUGUUGUUCGCAACUGACCGGCUGCACCCAGACCUUGGCUUCUGACCUCUGCAAGGGAGAUGGGGACAGCCCGACACCACCGUCGCCGCUGCUAACUGUGGGCUUGGCCAAAUUUGCUGGAAGCCACGCAGCGAGGGACUUCACUCAGAUGAUUCAUAUUAUAUUAUAAAUUACAACAACAAAAAAGUACUCCUUUUUCCAAAGAUGCCAGGUUGUCCUUCAGCCGCAUUCACUGUCACUCCAUUAUCCUCUGUGAACCUUGCCCACUCCACCUGCGAGGUCCCGACUUCAGUUAGAGUCUGCUUCCCACCGCUGUCUGUACCAGCAGGCGCUCUGGGAGAGUCAGACCUGCUGUAAACCGACUGUGGGCCCAGCCAGCCUCCCCUGCAGCCAGCCCAUGCUGUCACGGGUGGACGGCACAGGCAGGGCCUACCCCUGGGGGCUGAGUCUGCGGGCUGCGCUGGCCCAGCCUGCCCAGCCUGGGCAGGGCCUCCAGGCGCUGAGAGCUGAGCCGGAGACUGGCCUCGCCUGGAGUCCCAAUGCCAGGAGCUCCAGCAGGAGUUGGGGUUCCUGUUGUCCAGGUUGGAACCACGCCUCGGGGCCUUGGUGAUCGGGCCUGUCCAUCGAAGCAUCGCACUUUCUUUUUCCCCACGUCUAAGUCCUCUUCCCACCAAGUGAGACCGCAGAGUGGUUCCAAAGAGAGAGCUGAGCUGGACUGAGACGGUGCAUGGGUGUUCGGUUGGCAAGAGCUUCUGGCACCUCUGAGCGAUGUUGGGCAGCGGUAGACUGGGCUGAAAAAUGGCUUCACUUGUGCGGUCAUGGGCAGAGGAAAUAAAAUGCCAGGCAAAGGACCCACAAGUCUCUGCUUCUAGUUCCCUGAAAAACUUUAUCAUUUCACAAAACAAACAAACAAAAAACCGGGAGGCUGGUCUCUGGGAAGCAUCUGGGAGGGAGCAGGCUCUCACCAACAGCCUUGGCCCUGCCCCGCCCCAUCUUUCUGCAGUGCAGUAGUCCAGACCUCUGAAGCUGCCCCGCUCUGCCCCUCUAAAAGCCUGACUUUUUUAAAAAAAAAAAAAAUUAUU